AUGGCCGCCCCUUCACGGCUCUUCUCCCCCUUCAAAAUCGGCAACCUGGAACUGAAACACCGCGUCGUCAUGGCCCCCUUGACCCGCUUCCGCAACGACGAGAACCACAUCCCUCUCCCCUUUGUGGCAGAUUAUUAUGCUCAACGGGCGUCUAUUCCGGGCACCUUCGUCAUCGCCGAAGCCACAGUCGUCUCGCCCCGCGCGGCAGGAUACUCCAAUCUGCCUGGGAUCUGGAGUGGAGACCAAAUCGCGUCCUGGAAACGAGUGACCACCGCGGUGCACGCCAGGGGGAGCCCAUCUUCCUGCAACUCUGGGCCCUGGGCCGCGUGGCGGACAAAGAAACCGCCGCGAAGGAAGGUAUGA